UUUAAACCUUGGACCUCAGAACACGAGCAGUGAGAUACAGUAGAGACACACGGUCAUCUGGAACAGAGCUCCUUCACAACAAAGGAAACUGACCAUUUUACUGGAUUUAUCUUGUUUUGGGGAGUUCCUCCCUGUUCCACCCUAGUUCUGAAAUGAUGGACCACUACUCAGACCAGGGUUGCGACGGGAUUGAGCUGCUUGAUUUGCUGUUUGAUCAGAACGAUGGCAUCCUCCGUCACGAGGAGAUAGGACACCAUGGGAACCAUGCCUGGCCUAUUCACAAGCCAAACAUGCUGCGUCCAACAAAGCUCCAGGGCGAGGACUUCUUGAACACCCUCCUGAGUGUCAGUGACUCGGUUUCGGGGUCACCCCUAUGGUCUCCCUCUCCCAGUGACAGUGGAAUCAGUGAGGACCCCCACUCUGAUCAGAUGGACAGCCCCAAGCGCCCUGAGAGUCCUCCCACAGAGCCCCAUUUCCUCCCCCCUCAGCCACACACCAGGGCUGCCCUGGACACCGACUUCUCCAUUAAUAUCAAUGGCUGGGACUCAGGCUUCUACCCAGGAAGGACUGGUGGGACAAAGUGUUCCUCUGAUGUACACAAAACCCAGCUGACCUCUAGCUUUCCCCUCACUGUCAAGGAGCUACUGCUCUCUGGUACAUCUGAGCCGCCCCCACAGCAGUCCCAGCAGUCCUUCCAAGAGUUGAUUCUCAAUGAGGACGAGAAAAAGCUGCUGGCCAAGGAGGGGGUGACUCUGCCUAGCCAACUACCCCUCACCAAGUAUGAGGAGAGGAUUCUGAAGAAAAUUCGCAGAAAGAUCCGGAACAAGCAGUCGGCCCAAGAGAGCAGGAAGAAGAAAAAGGAAUAUAUUGAUGGUCUGGAGAGCAGGAUGACUGCCUGCAACACACACAACCAGGAGCUGCAGAGGAAGGUGUUCCAGUUGGAGAAAUGCAACACGUCUCUGAUGGAGCAGCUGCGUAGGAUGCAGACUCUGGUAAUGAAUGGCUCCAAAAAGGCUGCCCAGGCUGGGACCUGUGUUCUGGUGCUGCUCCUGUCCUUCUCCCUCAUCCUCUUCCCAAACCUGAAACCUUUCUCUGAGCCCAAGGUCAGCCAAGGAGGGGACUUCAGCCCAGUGAGAGUACAGUCACGAUCCCUGCACAACCUCCAGUCUUCCAGAGUGCUGCAUGUUAUUGACCAGCCGUAUCAUACUGCAGACGACGAGCCCAAGUCUCCGCACCACCAUUUCCCAGGAGACCAGGGGGUAAAUGAGAUGACCUCUCUGCUGGGUAAGCUGGGCACCGGUGACGGCAGCCAGGGGCUGUCCAAUCUCGACCCCAUGUCUCCCAACAAUAGCCUGGAUGAGCAAGACCAUUUCCACGGGGACCCCAUUACCGGCCACAUAGCUACAGUGACCUUGAAUCCACACCGCAGAGCCACACUACGCCCACAUGCUGAUGACAUGUGAUUGGAUAGAGUUUUCCCAGCAGGAUUCUUCUGCUCUGCUCCCAUCUCCACACAAUUCACAUGAUGAAAUAUAGAGUAGCACACACCUAAGCCUCUUUUUUACACUGUUAGGGUAAUAAGAAAUAAAUCAUUCCUGCUUUUGCCUCUUAUAUUUUAUGUAUAUGCUUUUUUCUUGUUUGUUAUACUGUUUUGUAUUGUUUUCAAGAUGAAUUGAUGCAUCUCUUGCCCCUCCAUGACUGUUUUAACAUUGACAGUGUAGAUUUGUGUAUUUUGAGAAAGGUAAUAAUUAUUGUUUUUCAUAACUGUGAUGGUGUGUACAAUUUUGAGCUUUACAAACCAUUUUGAGAUUCAUUUUGCAUGUACACUACGAAGCAAUAACUUUAUUGACAAUCUUGCUACAAAUUAAUAAAACUGUCUCAAACUUUAGAA